AUGCAGGAGAUCUACGUGCCCAUUGGAGAAGACCAGCGCGUCAAACUCACACUCGUCAGCACUUUCCAACACAUCGGCCAGGUCCGCAAGUACCUGCACUCUAUCCAAGACACGUUUUCCGUGGAGCUCGACACUUGUGACACGAUCACGCAGAACCUGAAGAUCCAGUGCGUCUCGCACCGCGCGUGCCGCAGCUGCCCGUUGUAUAUCCUCGAGUUCGACGACGUCUCGGACGGGUACGCGCUGUGGAAGUCCGCGGGCGACUGGGCGCUCGGCACGGUGCUGUCGUCGCUGUUCGCCGCACGGCCCGCAAGUAAGCAUCGGGCCGCGCGGCUCGAGACGCAGCUUGCGGCACACGCAACGCGCAAGCACGACCCGGAGUUCCUCGCGCAAGCGCUGCAGAAGCUCAACGUCGACUGGGACGCGCCGCACGCGCGUUUCGAGUUCGACUUCGCGCUCUUCGUGCGCCUGCUCGACGAGGCCGUCGCACCCGAGAUCGGCGCCCGCACUUGCGACUCCUACCUCGAGCUGGUCUCGCCGCUGCAGUACAAGAGCCUCACCACAAUGGUCGUGCUGAGAACCAAGGUCGCCGUCAGCAAGCAGCACGUGGAGUGCAGCCUCAAAGACUACGACGCGCGCAUGCGCGGCCUGGCGCUGGCGCGCCGCGCCGCGGACCGCGCGGAUAGUGUGGCGUUGGACCGGAGCCACGAGGCCUCGGUGCUUUCCGACGCUGCCGAGCGCUCGCCGUCGCCUCCGGUCUCCACGUCCGACGACGACGCGUACCUACUCUCUUCCUCGCAGCAGCUGCUCACCAACUUCCAGAAGCACUUCCGUGGUAUGGCCGAGACCUUCGAGACCUUCGACGUCAAGCGCGCCGCCCAGUCUCCUAGGCGUCUCGCCGCCCCGUCCGACUGCUGGAAAGUCUCUAAACCUGUGAAAAACGGCAAGUCAAAGCCCAGUAAGGUCCACGCCUAG